AUGAAAAAGGCAUUGCCUGAGCACGCAAAGCUUUCGAAGGAGUCCAAGGAGUGUGUUCAAGAAUGCGUUUCAGAGUUUAUUUCAUUCAUCUCCAGCCAGGCUGCUGAUAGAUGUAACAUUGAAAAGAGAAAGACCAUUAACGGUGAGGACAUAUUGUGGGCCAUGUAUACAUUGGGAUUUGAGACCUAUGCGGAGACUUUAAAGAUAUACUUGGUGAAGUAUAGACAAGUAAGUAUGAUGUGA